AUGUCUAGAUUAACAACCACCCCUCCCUUGCCAGAGAACGGCAAUCUCAACGCAACCGGAGAGAAAACAUAUCAGGUCGAGCCCGAGAAGGGAAAGCAAGCUGUCGAGUCGAACGAAGCGUCCACUGUGGCAUCCUCGACUGCCAAUGGCGUAGAACAACCGGAAACCCCUGAAGACGAUGGUUCUGCUACUGAAGAGAAAGCUGUGGAGGAGCCGGCCAAACCUGUUGAAUAUCCGAAGGGUCUCGAACUGUUCUUCAUUAUGCUCGCGCUCGUGCUGAGCAUCACCCUCUGUGCUCUGGAUCAGACCAUUGUUGCCACCGCUAUUCCAAAGAUUACCGACCAAUUCGGCAGAAUCCAGGAUAUUUCGUGGUACGGCUCGGCUUAUUUCUUGACGCUCGGAGCGUUCCAGUCACAAUGGGGCAAAGUAUUCAAAUUCUUCCCCCUCAAAACCAGUUUUCUGGUGUCGAUUCUCAUCUUCGAAAUGGGGAGUUUGAUCAGCGCUGUCGCCCAAAACUCAACGACUGUGAUUGUUGGACGUGCUAUUGCCGGUCUUGGUGCCUCGGGUGUCGCGCCUGGAGUAUACACAAUUUCUGCCUUUUCUGCCGAGCCUGCGAAAAGAGGCACCUACACAGGGAUCAUUGGCAUGACAUAUGGCAUCGCCGCUGUUGCUGGACCACUCAUUGGUGGAGGGCUUACAGACGGAGCGUCCUGGAGAUGGUGCUUCUAUAUCAAUCUCCCAGUCGGCGGUCUGGCCGCUCUGGUCAUUCUAAUCACCUUCAAGACUCCUGCAACUGUCAGGCGGGUCGAUGCUACACUCAAGGAGAAGAUUCUACAAAUGGACUUUCCAGGGACUGCGCUUGUGAUGGGUGCGUCACUCAGCUUGCUUCUAGCUCUUCAGUACGGUGGGGUAACCCAUCCGUGGAAGUCCAGUCUUGUCAUCGGCUUACUCGUCGGCUUCGGUCUCAUGGUUAUCGCACUCAUAAUCGUAGAAAUAUGGCAAGGCGAACGUGCCAUGCUGACACCACGCCUUAUGCGCCAAAGAACCGUCUGGGUCAACUCUUUAUGGGGCUUCUUCUUUGCUGGCGCGUAUUUUAUCACGCUCUACUACCUGCCUAUCUAUUUCCAAAGCGUCGACAACCGCAGUGCGAUUGGCUCGGGUGUGCGCAAUAUCCCUCUCAUCGCCUUGUUCAGCAUUUCCACAUUUGCCUCUGGCAAAGCCGUUACGAAGACGGGUAUCGCAGCUCCGUAUCUCGUGGCCAGCUCUGUGGUUGUAACUAUUUCCGCUGGUCUACUGUAUACUCUCGAUGUUGGAACCUCGACAGGAAAAUGGGUCGGAUAUCAGAUCUUGGCGGGCUUUGGAUACGGUAUGGGCCUCCAGAUCCCGAUUAUCAUUGCGCAGGCUUUCGCCGCGCCAACCGAUAUAGCUCCCGUGACCGCGAUAAUCAUAUUCGCUCGAUCUAUUGGCGCCACAUUCAUGAUCGCAGCCGCGCAGUCCGGCUUCGAUAACCAGCUCUUGCACAAGCUUAAGAGCACCGCACCGAACGUCGAUCACGCCCUAAUCACAUCUACCGGUGCCACAGCCCUGCGCCAGGAAUUUCACGGAGCUGAGCUGGACGGUGUUAUUCGUGCGUAUGCAUGGGGUAUCAAGGUUGCCUUCGCAAUUACCAUCGCGUCCUGCGGCAUCACUGCCAUUGUCAGCUUGGCCACCAAGUGGGACAAUGUCAACAAGAAGAAAGUCAGUGCUUGA